UCGCACUCAUCAGUUGCAACCUGUGGGGGAGAGCUUUCGCGCAAAACUACCCACUCGGCCUUCUACCAAACGACCACAUCUGGCGCACUCUUCGCUGCCGAGAGUGGUAAGGUCGCCGCGGCGCCAUGUCUCAAAACAGGUUCAAACCCGGACCCAGCGGACGCACGGCCGGCCCUCCGAAGGUCUUGUCGAGCUCACGACCACCCGGCUGGCCUCCAGCAGUCCGUGACCCCAUCCGUACGACUUCUCAGACGAAAGGUGGUACAAGAAGCUUCAAAGGAGCUGAUGGACGCGAACAUGAGCCCUUUCUCGUCCAGGGUGGGGACUCUUCCGCAGAGGAGACGAUGAGUCCUAGAGGCACAACGGGCGGUAGCAACUGGCCAACUGGGGCGAAACGGAAGGGGAAGGAUGAUGGGCGGGGCAGCUCUGUUUUUGUUGGGCAGGUCAAAAGUGGAGGAUCUGGCUGGGCUCAGGUACCCGAUUAUGUGCCUGGACCUGCCGGAAAGCAGAGAAAAGCAGCAACGACGAAGAAGGGUAUAACGGGAUUUGUCAACAAAUCAGCUGUCAAUCAUCAAUUCACUGUGAGCGCGGCCUCUCGCAUGAAGGUCCUGGUGUCUUCUCAGCAGAGCUCAGGCGGGACAAGUUUGGGGAAUGGGUCCCAAUAUCGGUCAGCAUCUUCUGCGGACCGCAAAAGCAAAUAUGAGGUUCACGUCGUGGACGUGGUCAGCAGCGGUGAGGAUCGACCGACGAGAGCUAGUAGAGUGACCUCGCGGCCGACAACGUCUGCAAACGGCAAAUGCAGAACCGUAGUUCACGAUGUGGAAGAGGUCGGCAAUGAUGCUCCAUCAAGGAAAGUCAGGAGUGCACGCUUGAAGGCGGCCGGAGCAUCGGGGACGAAACUGCCAGUCGGUGCACAAGCGAUCAAUGGGUCAAGUAGUCGUGUUGGCUCAGGCGACAAGUUGAGAGCAAACCGUGGAGAUGGCAAAGCCCUACGGACAGAACGAGAAGAACGACGGGGCACGACGGGACCAGCAUCGUCCCGGAACGAUACCUUGAGACAGCCCCGCAGGGAGCAGUCACCCGGUGAACCAGUGGGAUGUACGAAGCCAAGAGUGCUCAAGCGAAGGCUCAUACCGAGGGAAACACCUGAAGAGCUGCGCUCCGACACCGAGAGGCUUAAACAGAACCAAAGCCGGCCCGUCGCUGGCUCCCUUGGGCUUACAACACCAACGAACAAGCGCCGGAAAGUACAGAACGCUAAUGAAGCGAUAGAACCAGAUUCGAGCGUUACGAUUGUGGAAGAUACACCGCUCUCCAAGAUCAAGGGAAAGACGAGGAGGAAGGGUUCAUCACCCCAGCCCUCACCAUCUUUGAAUUCGCCGACCAGCGUGGCAGCUAAUGGGGCAAAGCAUAAACAUCAGUCAGCAGCGGAACGGCCCCCCAUUUCCAGACAACGGACACCACCCAAACUACUCAAAAUCCUCUCGUCCGAGCUUUCGCCAUUCCGACCGGCGUCGCCAGAAAGCUCAAAUCUUCCGUCAAUAUCCCCUUUUGUAACCCUGGAUGCGGAUCGCAGCUUGGCGGAGGAUGCUGACGAGGAAUCCCACCGCACAUGUCCGCAAUGCAUGCGGCAGCUCACCGGACCGCUGUCUGAGGCAUUGGCAGCGCAGUAUACCUUAUUGACAAGUGGGCCUGAUGCUGCGAACAGCCGUUUCACCAAGGGUAGACGCCGCGCAUCAUCAGAACAUAUGGCACUGUUUGACUUUUGCCGACAGCAUACCGCCCAAGAACGCCUCUUACCAUUCGGGAUGGAACGGGGAUACCCACAAACACUCGACCAGCCCGCGCUGCGGCACCGGAUCAGAAAGUUACUACCGUUACUGCACGACGUUAUACGGAACCGGCUAGAAAGCGUCUUCAAAGAACGGGCACUCAAAAGCUACUCGACACUAGGCACCCGUCGCGCACAGGGCUUCCAGAACAAGUACAUGCAGGCUCACGUCACCGCCAGCUGCGGCUACUACGGCCGCACGGGCGCCAGCAUCAUCUUCAAAGUCCUCUUCCACACCUUCCUGCGAUCCCGCGACCAAGCAUCAACCGCCUCGAAGCCCAUAUACCCCACCCUCACGAAACACGACACAGCCCCAAUCCCACCGCUAGAAUUCCUCCAAGACGUGCUUGUCCCCGAAGCGGCGCUGCGACUGAUCAUGGAGGACCGCAAACUGACGGGCGUGCCGCAGGGCAUGAAGGUGUUUACGGAGAGCGCGGAGUAUGGCGCGGCGAUGUUUGGCCACUCGGAUGACGACUCGGAUGACGACUUGGAUGACGACUCGGAUGAGUCCGACGAUGAGGCGGAUGACGAUAUCUGGACCAGCCAGGAGGAGAUCUCUGCCCAGCAGACCGCGCGGCCUGGUAUACGCACACGGGAAGGAUCACCGCUCUCCUACAACAACAACAAUCCGGCGACAAACGGAGCGAAUGUAAGCCCGAUUGGCGGGUUACCCGACACGAUCUGCAUCGAUUCCGACGACGAGCUGCUUACGUUCCCGCAGUUCACGAGUUCAGCGUCGGCUGUGCGGAAAUCUGGAGCUGGAUCCGGAGAGACGAUGCCGGAUGCGUUUUUCUGUAGUGAGAGUGGAGACGAUUUGUAGACCCCUCUUAUGCAUGUAUUUUGGCUUUUUUUCGCCCGGCCGUUGUGAACAGUGAACAGUGAACAUUACGCGACGUAUGGGUGGAAAACCAUUUUGGGGGAGGAGGGGAUGUGGGAAGGGAGGGAGAAGAAGGCCAUGCAGAAUGCAUAUGUUAGUAAAGUCCGAUUUAUGAGUGGACGCUGUAUAGGAGGAGUCACCGCCGCGAACGAUAGAGGCAUUUUUCUAAAUUCCCCGAUUUUGCAUAUACAGUAUGUACGUUUGCUUAAAAAUCGCCACGAAUCUCCAUGAUCUCACAGCCGUCGUGACAGCUUUUGAUUCAUCGAUCCAUGUCUUUGCUCCUAAGCCUUGAUGCCAAUUAGUAGUAGGCUUUCCCACUGCUUGCUUUUCCUUUGCUCCGGCAGGAAACAGAGUCAUGGUUCAAAGAGAGUGCACUUAGCGAAAAGUUGAGUCGCGAUGACGCCGAAGGGGAAACUUGUGGGGG